UCGCUCAACAAACAAGAAAGGCGACCAAACAAGAAAAAGUGUUACAAAUGAACAACACAUUGAUGAGAAUGGCACAUACACAGAAAAGUGUGGCGGCCUCCAAAAUGUUCAAAACGAGGAAACGAAAGACAGAAAGCAAUACCUUGGAAAGUGACCUGAAAAGGGAGAGCACAAUUAGAAAGGCCUUUGAUUCCAAAAUCCAAACAAGUGUAAACAUUAUAUCGGCUAGGGUUAGUCCAGAGACAUUAACUUCCGACCAAACAAUAGAUGACUUGAACUCUGUUUGUGUCAAAAUUGAGACUGAUGAAUGGUAUAACACGGCUUCUGAUUUUUAUUCUGUUUGUGCCAAAUCAGAACAGGUUCUAUUGGAAGAGAGACAUCCAGAUAGCAACAAACACAACGGCUUCACCUUUGAAUGUGUGAAAUCAGAAAAGACAGAAUGUGAAGUUAUGCGACAACAUGUUACCAGGCAAGAUUGCUUCAAUUCUGUAUGUGUGAACAAAAACUUAACUUUCAAUUCAAAUGCAAAAGAUGAAAUUUAUUCUGUAUGUGGGGCAACACAACAGUUUCUAAAUCCUCUUACAGACCAGGGUUAUAUAACAGCAUAUGACUUCAAUAAUGAAUUUGGUAUAGCUAAACAAAAUAUAAAGACAGAAACAGACAAUGAAAAUACAACAGCAAAUAAAUGUACACAUUCAAAAACACCAGAGAAUCAAGAUAAACUGGCGGACCAAUAUUCUGUAUAUCUGACACGGGAAGAGAUUGAACUUUCAGAUGUUGACAAAUAUUGUGCUAAAUCAGUUGUGGGUGGAGGGACAAUACAAAUGGACCAAUACUCCCACUUAAAUGUUCCAAGACAUUCAAACUCAGAAAAAGAGAAUGCUGUGACAAGAACUCCCCCGCUUUUCCUGGAACCAGCUAAGAUUAAAUUGAAGGAAAAGGGUGACCAUGUGAAGAAAUUUAAAAGAAUGAAGAAAACAAGGUCUCCAGAAAAAGACAAGACUGAGCACAUUCUUCAAGCGAGGAACCUUGUCAGCUGUAUGAGCCUGGAACCCCCAGAUAAUGACCAUUUGCUCUACUGUGGAGAAUGCAAUAAGGAGUUUGAUGGGGACUGCCCUGUCCAUGGACCCUAUAACUACAUACAGGACAAGGAGGUACCAGAAGAAGACCAUCUUAAAGCUGAGCAUACCUUGCCAGAUUGCCUUGAAAUAAAAACAUCCGAAAUAGCUGGAGCUGGUCUUGGAGUGUUUUCCAAGGAGGGCCUGGAAUCCAGGAUCAUGUUUGGACCGUAUGGGGGAGAUAUCAUCACUGACAACCCUAAGUCAGGGUAUUGCUUGCAGGGGAAGAUCUAUAAGGAUGGCAAAGGGAGUCACUUUGUGAAUACCCAGAACAAAGCCACUUCUAACUGGAUGAGGUACGUGAACUAUGCUAUGACGGAGGCAGAUCAGAACCUUGUAGCAUUCCAGUACAAAGGAGGCAUCCAAUACUGCACAUUGAAGCCAGUUUUACCAGGUGAGGAAUUGCUGGUCUGGUACAGAGAUGAAUUAGCCAGAGAACUUGGCCUCAUCAGACCCAAAAACCUGCCGAGCAGUUAUUCGAGUAACAACAGUGGUCACUUUAAUGAACACAUGAGUAUUCAUGCAGGAGAGAGACUGUACAAGUGUGAGGAGUGUGGUUAUGCAUGUAACAAGAGUGGUAACUUGAAGGCACACAUGAGGAUACAUUCAGGAGAUAAACUGUACAAGUGUGAGCAGUGUGGUUAUGCUUGUAACCAGAGUUCUGACUUGAAGAAACACAUGAGGAUACAUUCAGGAGAGAGACCGUACAAGUGUGAGGAUUGUGGUUAUGCAUGUCACCAGAGUGGUACCUUGAAGACACACAUGAGAAUACAUUCAGGAGAGAGACCAUACAAGUGUGAGGAGUGUGGUUAUGCUUGUUACCAGAGUAAUGACUUGAAGAAACACAUGAGGAUACAUACAGAAGAGAGACUGUACAAGUGUGAGGUGUGUAGUAAAGCAUUUAAACAGAGUAGUCACUUGAAGAAACACAUGAGGAUACAUACAGAAGAGAUAUUGCACAAAUGUGAGGUGUGUGGUAAAGCAUUUAAACAGAGUGGUAGCUUGAAGACACAUAUGACGAUACAUACAGAAGAACGACCGUACAAGUGUGAGGUGUGUGGCCAUUCUUGUAAACGUAGUGUGCACUUAAAGAAACACAUGAUGAUACAUAAAGGAGAGAGACCGCACAAGUGUGAGGUGUGCAGUUAUGCAUUUAAAACGAGUUCUGACUUGAAGACACACAUGAGGAUACAUACAGGAGAAAGACCGUACAAGUGUGAGGUGUGUGGUAAAGCAUUUAAACAGAGUGGUACCUUGAAGACACACAUAAAGAUACAUACAGAAGAACGACCGUACAAGUGUGUGGUGUGUAUCCAUUCUUGUAAACGUAGUGAGCACUUGAAGACACACAUGAUGAUACAUAAAGGAGAGAGACCGCACAAGUGUGAAGUUUGCAGUUAUGCAUUUAAAACGAGUUCUGACUUGAAGACACACAUGAGGAUACAUACAGGAGAAAGACCUUACAAGUGUGAGGUGUGUGUCUAUGCUUGUAAUCAUAGUUCUGACUUAAAGAAACACAUGAAGAUACAUACAGGAGAAAGACCAUACAUGUGUGAGGUGUGUGGCUAUGCUUGUAAUCAGAGUUUUGACUUGAAGAAACACAUGAGGAUACAUACAGGAGAAAGGCCGUAUUAGUGCGAUGUGUGUGGCUAUUCGUGUAAGUAUAAUGGUCACUUUAAGACACACAUGAUGAUUCAUACAGGAGAGAGAUCACACACAUGUGAGGUGUGAGGUUAUGAAUGUAACAGGAGUGAUCACUUGAAGACACACAUGAGGAGGAUACAUUUAGGAGAAAGACUGUACAAGUGUGAGGAGUGUGGUUAUGUUUGUAACCAGAGUGUACAAGUGUGAGGAGUGUGGUUAUGUUUGUAACCAGAGUAGUACAUUGAAGACACACAUGAGGAUAUAUUCAGGAGAGAGAUGUACAAGUGUGAGGAGUGUGGUUUUGCUUGUAACCAGAGUUCUGACUUGAAGAAACACAUGAGGAUACAUACAGAACAGAGACUGUACAAAUGUGAGGUGUGUGGUAGAGCAUUUUAACAGAGUGGUACAUUGACAACACAUGAAGCUUCUUAAAGGAGAGAGACCGUUCAAGUGGGAUGUGUGUGGCUUUUCAUUUAAACACAGAAGUCACUUGAAAAAAACAAAACAAUCUUCUUAUAAACCAGGGUUGGCAUAUUGAUCGGUCAAUUGAGUAUUGACCGGGCUGGCGGUCAAUACCCGGUUAAAACCGGUCAAUACUGGUCAUUAUUGGUCAAUACUGGUUGAUUGAAAAUUGUAGCAUUUUAACAUGACAAAGGAAGAAUUUAAGCUAUUCUAUAUUAAAUCAAUCAUUAUUCUGUAAUUGAUCAACUUUUUUUGAGUUAUCUAUUGUAAAAAAAGCUUUAAAGCUGUAAAAAAUACUUCUUUAUUAUUUAUGGAAACGGUCUCAAAUACAAAAGAACUAAGGCAAUAUCUUUAUCUCAGUGUAUCACAUCUGUUACUGAAGUAUUAUUACUAUUGUAGUUACCAUAGUAUUUCACUGAUCUUUUGAUAUAUCUAUUUGAUAAGCUGAUGGACAAACAGAACUCUUGUGGUUUCUAGUGUCAUAAAUGAUCUGGCCCCUAAGCCUUAAUUGGUAAUAAAAUGCAUGCACUGGUAUGUCUCUGAUAGUGACAAUGAAGCAAAUCUGCCCUUAGGCUAUUUCAUUUCACUCAAACAAAAUGAUAUAACUUGCUAUUAAUGUUAUUAAUUUAAUAGUUACUUCUAAAUUGUCUCCUUUCUAUAUUAAGAGGGUUUUCUUAUUUUAAAGUUCAAUUGGUCUUCAAAUGAAUAAACAAUCAAAGUUCUUGAUUUUGGCAACAAAUAAUGUUGACCAAUUGUGGGUCUACUCUAGACUCUUCUUUUCAAUUAUUUCUUUCUUUUAAUAAUUAUUUCUUAUUAAGUUUUGUUUUAUAUCAAUGGUAAAAUAAAAUAUUUUUUCACUAUUUUGUUAAAGAAAUCCAGGCAAGAAUACAUGACAAGUAAGGGUUGUGUCAAAGGUGCCAUGUAAGGCCCUAUUAUCAGUUUUGGGUGCCCUAACCUGUUUAGGUUUGAAGACUGUGAAAGACUGUGGAGACAGUGGGGCAUGAGGAACAACUAAUACACAGUAAUUGACAGGUUCUUGUUGAAUCAAGCACAGAAUUUUCUGAGCAUUCAUAAUUCGUUAGAAUUGAAAAAAAAUUCAAUCGAUCAGCAAAUUCCAAUUGACCAACUUGACUCAUUUGCAAAAUUUUGAGAGAUUGGCCUACAAUUUGCAUGAACAGGUAUAAAAUAGUGGGGUUUUAUAGCUUAAGACAUUAUUGGCAACAUGGCUGUUUAAUUGAUAUUAUCAAUAUUGUUUAAUUAAGCAUGGAAUAUUAAUCAAAAUUGGGGGUAAAGUUCAAUCGACCAGUAUUGACCAGUAAUGACCACUUUGGGAGUAUUGGCCGGGGCGGUUUUAACCGGUAAAAACCGCCGGUUAAAACCGGGGGCGGUCGAUUGGUGCCAACCCUGUCUUAAACGAUAAACCAUAAAGGCUUAUUGGGUUUUGGCAGUUUUUGAAGAAGUCCUAUCGAAACAAUGAAGAAAUGCGAGGAUUAAAAUGUAUUCCAUGUAUUUGUUUCGUAUCAGAUCGGAAAUGCCCAUAGACAUUAUUAACUAAAACAAGGGAUAAAAUAUACAAUUUAUAUUUACGCAAAAACAAGCUACCAGUAUAUUGCAGUAAAGCAGGACAUUGUCCGUAUGUGGUCCAAGCGUUGUAUUUCAUACUCACAAGUUUGGUUGGUGAAAACUUAAAAAUACAAAAGGUCCAAAGAAAUUCUCCUUAAUAAUGGGUGAUUAUUUUCAGUUAUACGUGCAUUUCGUUAUUUGUUCGAACUGUCUUUUUAUCUAAAAUGUUAUUCCUGGCGAAAAUAUUAUUGAACUCUCUUCGAAGAUUUUGUUGAAUUUGGUGAGACUUUUUUAGUUUCUUUUUUUCCCAUCAAAUUUUAUGUUGCGAUGAUUUUGUGCUUUCAUAGUUAUCAUAAUUUUAAUAUUGAAAUUUUGAGAUGAAUA